AUGCUCCACCAUGCCGAUCAACGUUGUUCGGCUGUCUCCACUCUUCCCGACGUUCACGGCCCCGCAGGCCAUCCACAAAAGACCACCAAGGCCGAAGUGGGCCCGGCGAUCAAAGUGGCAGGACAACAAAUUCGGGCAGGGGAUGCCGACUCGACCGGCCAUGCAGUUGGGACUUGCGAUACACUCCCCUUCCCGAUUAUCCAAACGUUUGCUGACCUGACUGGCUGGAUCCUGGACGGCGGAUCGACCGCCUUCCUGCGGGGACACGAUGCCGAUGGACACCCGUAA